AUGUAUGAGAACAAGAAUGAUGUUGUUGAUAAGAAUGAAGUUCCUCGUAGUAUCCAAUCAAGUAAUAAAAUAAGUUAUGGAAAAUUAAAGCCAAAUACUGCAGUCCCAGUACUAGGCAAAAUUAGUAAAGAAUCCACCAAUGAUGAAAAUAGUAAUUGCACCACCAAGAAAACUGAAAAUAUGAAAACAAGUGAUAUGAGCAAUGAGUUUACAGCUGUUUUUAUAGAUUCGAGUGGUGGUGGAAGUUUUAACAUUGGAGAAGAAUCACCACAUUCAAAGUUACUUCCUGGGAGUUGUUUCAAGACACCUGAGACUUCCCCAUCACACUCCAUAUUCCAGAUAACACCAUGUAAUAGUGGGGAAGUUCUGCAAUAUGUUCAUCAACAGAAGACAAAAGAUGACAAAGCUGUCAAAAAGAAAGAUGCAAAGUUUAUUCAUACCUCGACAGAAAAUCAGGCUGUAAAUGAUGUACAUGCAGCACUUCUAAAGGGAGAACCAGUCCCAAAACAUAUAAUAUCGAAAGCAAUGAAUGUUGGUAGUGAUGAUAGUUCAGCUGAAUAUCUUGAAUGAUUUAAUGAGCAUAGAGACAUGGGCCAUAGUAUUUUAUGUGCUAUGCAGUAAUGGCUUGUAUGAUUAGUUUCUUCUCUCUGUGCCCCAAGGUAUAAAAUAAUAAUUAUUAAUAAUUUUACUAAUGCUUUUUUCCAUU